UAGCGAGCCAACACCUCCAUCGGUCCCCCGAUCUCUCACCGCAACACCUCCACCGGUCUCCCGAUCUCUCACCGCUGCACCUCCGCCGGUCUCCCGAUCUCUCACCGCUGCACCAACUAACCGUACAUCAUGUCGUGUGACGUGGCUUGUGAUCCAAAGAAUAGGAUCUCUUGCUACACUGAGAAUAACUUCAAUGGAGAUGAAACCAUCUACAAAGCAGACACGAAAAGCGCCCCACCUGGAAGAAACACAUGUCACUCCAUAGACGUGGAUAAUGGGGAGUGGUUGGUCUACACCCAUGACUUUUACCAGGGAACAACAGUACUCCUGAAACAGGACUACUACACUGAUGAUGCGAGCAUCCGUGGCAACAUCCGUGGCAAUGGCACUUGGGAUAGUCAGGCCCGCUCUGCUCGUCCUGUCAGGCAACAUGCCAUCACCCUGUUCGACAAGUACUUCUACUGCGGAGCUACGAAAACCUACCGCGAGAGCAACAACGAUGCCCAGAUGCAGGACUGCCGCUCCUUCAUAAUUCGUGACGGCUGGUGGAAGCUGUUCCCUCUUGGGCGCUACAAAGGUGAAUACAAAUUCACUAACGGCAUUUUUGGGCCAGGCGAGUACAACUUGCCCAACAUUGUGUUCAGAGUUCGUACUCGCACUGCUACGAAACAGUUCUACAGCUUCGACCCUCACAUGCUGGACACUCCUAAAGCACAUGUGGAAUCCUUCAAGGGCAGCCUGCAGUACCAAGGGCCUGUCCUGUGGAACAGUCUCGCUGCUGAUCAGCGGAAACUGACGUCAACAUUAGCAUUUAGAAAGAAAAACAGACUGUAG